AUGUUGGGGUCGUGUUCUGUGAACGCUGAGCACCAGGAGUUGAGGGAAGACGCGGCCCCGCAGAGUCCGCCCCUCCACGUCCCACCUGUGCUCCCCGGGAGAGCACACGCCUUGGAGCUUCGCCUUUGUCCCAUCCGCGUCUGCAUCCAUACCAGCGCCGAGCAGAACAAUUCGAAUAUUGGCAGGGGCUUCGUGGAUGGUCACAAAAGUGGAUUCGUGUCUGUGUCCAGGAGUAAGCGAUUAGAACUUCGGGCAGACAGUCAGGAAGUGGUUUUGGACAGUUUCAAGGCCUGUGCUGCUGGCAGAACCCCUGACCUGAGUGAGAAAGCAUCAUGUCAGGCAAGGAGGAGUGGACACUGGAGUCACCUGACGAAGUUGCCGGGCCGGGCCUCACUGUGGACUCCCCUGAGCCCCUCUGUUAGCCUUCUCUCCUGCGUCUGCUGCUUGCUGGAACAAAGAUCCCAAGAGUCUCAGUGUGAACUUCUGCUCACGUCAUGUGAAAAUGUUGCGAUGUUAAAAUCUCAACUCCUGGUCUCAGCAGAACUCCUGACCGAUUCCCAGGGUCACAUGUUCCUGGAAGAAGAGACUGGAGAUGGACAGGGGACUCAGGACGUGAAGGCAGAGUCCUGGACACCUCCAUCGAAUAAAAGCUCUCUGCUGCCAAAGGAGUCCCAUAUUGAGGUAUCCUUUCACAGAAGAGCAUGUGCUUAUGCCAGUAUGAAUUCCUUCCGAGUAGUUUCCCCUUUCUCCUGGACGGCACCGUUGGAGAAUGAGACAUGUUCAAGCGUACAGAAAACAGUUCAGAACAACAUCCGUGACUGGGCCAGCUGUGUCCAACUUCCAGGUGCAAGAAGCCUUGGGCCCAGCCAGAGGUCACCUGAUGCCAGUUAGCACCCAGUUCUCCACCCUCAGUGUAUUUGCCCCUCCCCCACACUGCACAAAGGAAAAGGCACACACACACAUGUUAUUAAAAUGAACUGUUUAUAUUAUCUCAGUUGAGUCAAUACAUUAUAAUGUAUUAAAAUGGAAAGGUACAAAAUU